AUGACGUCGUUAGUGUCGAUAUUGAUCGAGGUGCUGGGACGAGAAGGAGGAGGUGGAGUGGAAGUGGAGAACGGGGAUUCCCCCGUGGUCGACACAGAGAGGCAGCGAUUGGUCAGAGAGAUGACAGCUGUCAUCACUAUGGAUGACUCAGAGAAACGAUGCCUUUUAACGCCAACUUCCUUAUCAGAUUCACGUCCAAAUUUUACUUUUGCACAGAGCGCUCCAGAUUUUCAGACUGAACAAGAGGAUGCACAAUCACCAGACGCACAAGAGACUCCGCGCACACCUACACCAAAUCUCUUCUCAAAUUGCCCACUCAUCUAUAGUGAACCUGCAUUGGCCGGACAAUAUCAUCCCACCCCGAUGUCGUUGGCGCCGAUUUUCGCCAUAAGCGACACAGCUUUGCCUCAGAUGUACGCCGGAAAUGGUAAAAGUGAUAGUGGAAUAGCUUCAAGCAACGCCGUCAACGAUGAGGAUGCACAACGAGGGGGAACAAGCAACACCAAAGUCAUCGAUCAAGCAUACCGGGAGGAGCGAGGGCGACAAACGAAAUCCUCGUUUUCAACUCGAGAAAUUCGAGAACAACAUCAACGAAUGCAGCAGAAAUACCGUGAAGACACGAAACGAGAACGACGGUUCACGGAUCCAGUCGAUUUUGAAGGGAUUCUCAACAUCAUUGGUGGAUGUUCAUGGUGGCAAAUCUGGAUCUACGUUCUGAUCGCAAUGCAACAAAUUCCUCAUGCAAUGUUCAAUCUGAAUGUCGUCUAUAUGAUGUACGCUCCCGAACAUUGGUGUCAGGUGCCUGGAUUUGAUGAUCCGAACGACACGACCGUCUACGAAUGGGGACUAAAAGACGUGCAGAACAUCUCGUUUGUGUUUCCGAAUGAAAAGGGUAGAGUAGGAGCCUACACGCGUGAUUCGUGUCAUUACUAUUCCCGACCAGUAGAGAGGUAUAAGGAGUUGCGAAAGAUGCCAUUGAUGGAAGCAGUGCAGAGCGCGUGGAAAGACAGUGCAAAGAAGCAGAAGUGCGAACGAUUUCAUUACAAAACCGACGUGAUGCAUGAGACUAUCGUAACAGACUGGAAUUUGGUUUGUGAUGAUUACUUCAUGAAAGGCCACGCACAUCUUUUCUACUCGUUCGGCUAUUUGGUCGGUUGUGUUGUGGGAGGAAUGGCCAGCGAUAACUUUGGUCGUAAACCCACAGUAAUUGGAUUUGGGAUACUGUCGUCGAUGUUUGGUGUAUUCCUACCGUACACCACCUACUAUCCGAUGUUCCUGUUUAUCCGAUUCUGCAGUGCUAUCUGUAACGAAGCAGCUGAUCUAGCCGCCUAUACGCUUUGUAUGGAGAUCACGGGUACGAGAUAUCGAGCGAUGGUUGGCAGUAUGUUGCAAGUUCCAUGGGCAAUGGGUUACGCUCUUCUGGCUCUUAUAGCAUACCUGGCAAAAAGCUGGAAAACUGUGCAGGUUGAUCGCUUGCGGCGUUUCAUUUAUGGUGCGCUAACACCACCGUUUCCUUUCAAUUUAUGCCGCAUCAAUAAAGGCUCAUUGCCAUCUGAUCUUGAGCUGGUGUGUCACCGAGAGAAGAGACUAAAUAAGAAGGGAAAGGUUGGUAUGUUGGACCUGUUCAAAACGCCAGAGCUGCGCUUUCGUACCAUCACGGUUUGCAUCGUAUUCAUGGCGACAGCUCUUGUUUACUAUGGUUUAGUCAUCGGUAAGCUUCAUUUUCUUGACUCUCGUUUACAAGAAAUUGUAAUUAGUCUGUAUUUGAUAAUAAUCGUUGCAAUCUAUCGUAUUUUGUUCAAUCGUAAAAAAAAACAUCUGUACACCAUCGGCAAACUGGUGCGAAGGCGGUGCAGC